AUGGCAGCUCAAGAGGAAAAUAGGACUUGUGCUGAGUCCUCCCAAUCUUCAGAUCGUCUGCUGGAUUCAGGGACCUCAGGUCCCUACAAAGCCACCCAACUAUGGUUUGGUGUCAUCAAUGACUUUCGGGAAAAAAUGCCCACUGGUAAUCACUGGAAGCACAUGCGACAUUAUGAGAGCUCAUUCACUGCGAAUGAAGCUGUGAAAUGGCUUCGGAUUUAUUUGAAGGACCACUCUGAAUUUUCAUCAAAUAUCUCCAAAGAGCAAGCUCUGCAUUUACUCCGAAAAUUCUACAAAGCAGGUGUCUUUGAACAACUUCGAGGGAAGCAGAUACAUCCAGAUAGCUUGAAAAACAAUAGUGAACUCUUCAGGAUGACUUCAAAGACUCCCCUGAAGGUUCUACGAACUCCUGGUCGCCCUCCUUUAGUGGCAAAAGAAAAUACUAAGACUCGAGAUAAAAAUGGGACAGAGACUCCUGAGGGCAGGAAAGUCACAGUGAAGCGAGCUAAAAGUCUUUUUCGCCCUAGCAGAGAGAAUGAAGAGAAUGAGGAAAGGGCCAGAGUACAGCUGGACCCAAACCACUUACAAGAGUGCCGCCUGGUAGCACGUCAAUUAACAACUGAGGAGGUUCAGGAUACCUGGAAGGACCUUCUUCUGCAGAAACUGCAGAAUUUGCUGAGGGUGAAGAAAGUGGAGGACCUGGUAUCUCGUAACAUCUUGAAUGGAGCCUGGAUUGAACACAACAUGACAAAAGUUUCACAAAGAGGACUCACCUUACCUACAAACAGAGCUGAUGAACUUCCUCGCUGGGUUCUUUCUGCCAUGCGGUGUUUAACAAAAUGGCCAAAGAGGGAUGAGGGUGAAAGGAACCUUCCUUCUUAUCCAGAAUUCCCAUCAGAUGUGUUUGAACUAGUCAUUGAGUACUUCAUAGGACUGCCAGAACCUCUAACAACACUUUCUCUAUAUGACACAUUUGCUAAGGCCUUCAUCAGGGCUGAGUAUCUGGAUGUUGCCCAGCGAACUAUAGGGCCUCGGAACACUCCUCUUCGGCAGGUUCCCAGGUUGCAUUUGCACAUCUCUCCAGUGUCCUCAUCUGAAUCAGUAGACAAUCUUGGUUUUGGCUUCUCACCUUGCAUAGGUCCAUGUAAGACAUCAACACCUGAGACCCAGGUGGAUCACCACCAACAGCGUCACUCAAGGGGGGAUGUAUGGAAGCGUGCUUUAUCCUUGCCUUCAUCUACGUGUACCCAUGGCUCUCUUGAUAUCUUAUCAGAUACAAGAAGACAUUCUUCUCAAAUGCCUCCAUACAGCUGCCUUGAGACAGUCUUUGUAUCCGACUGUCCUGUGACACGCAUCAUUCCACAGCGCUCAGUUGACAGCUUGCACCUUCAUCCAUCUGGCCAUUCACUUAGCAACACAUGGAGGCCUCAGAGCAUUGCAUUUGGUCCCAUGAAAUCUUGCCAUUCGAUGGAGGGUGUCCUUGCACGUCCCUGGAGCUUAGCCCCCCAGUCUACUGAUGAAUCAACAUAUAUGCCUAUGAGACCAGGAAGCAUCCCAUCAGGGCCAAGCAGUGCCCCCAUUCUCUCUCUCACUGAUGAUGCUGAAAAUAUUUACUGUCUCCCACUUGAGAGGCAUGAGAAGCCAGCUUCCAUCCGACGGAGGAUGAUUCGAGAAGAUUCUUUGACUAAUGUGCAUCAUGUGAAGAAGUCCAAAAUGUCCUCACCUGUGUUACUUAAUCAUAUGAGAAGCAAGUCUGGUGGGUACAUCAAUCUGGCUCUCAGUCCCUCAAGUGAUGCCAUGGGAACAUCAAGGUCAUCAUCUGGCAUUGAGUCAGACAUGAAGAGGUCUUCACAUUCAUCAUCAUGGGGUUCUUUCAGUCCUGGGGGGAUAUAUGAGAACUUGGGGGAUGUGUCUCGUCUUCUUCGACACUCAGAUGAAGACCUCUACAAUCCAAACUUGAAGCCUGAGACAGGUGAUCAUGUGAAGAUGGUGAAGGCUCCAAGUAAACGCCUGCUUGGGAGGUGCAAGAGACUUGAGCAUUACUAUGGGGCCAAAGCUUGUGCUCCUGGAAUGCUAACAGCAGAAGGCAAGCUGAGGGGGAUCCAAGUGAUGCAGUUGCUGUGUCUCCUGUUACCUCCUGGACACAGGCGACAGCUUCAGAUUCUCCUUCGCUUCAUGGAUAAAAUCACCAAUCAUUCCCAACUCUUCCUUUCCAAUGAAUCUGAUAACAGGAGUCUGGUAUUGAAUACAUUCUCCCGGAGCAUCUUGAGAGCAAAGGAAGAUGCAGAUCAUGAUGAACUACUGAGCCUCCGCAUUACCACAUUCCUCAUGGAGAAUCAUGAAGAUGUGAUGCGUGUUCCAUACACUUUGCUUGAACAAGUUCGCACCAAACUGCAGCGCAUGCAGUCUGCUCGUAUCCAGUAUGAGGUUGAUGAUGGGACUCCAAUUACAUAUUGUCAACAAGUUCCCGCAGUUGUAUUUGAGGUCCAAAAGCAGGUCUCUUCUGAACAAGGCCUUCUAACUCUCCUGGAUGGAAUUCUUCAGAAUGAGAAAUUCUCAACCAAGGAAAGGACAAAGCAUCUUAAAAAAUUCAGAGCCACAUAUCCAGAUAUCUACAUGAAGAGAUUUCCAGACUCAGAGGCAAGAGAAGAUAGCAGAUGUCGACUGGCAGAUUUGUCUAAGCAUCAGAAGCGUCUCCCUUUCCCAAAACUCAAGAAUCUCCGUCUCUGA